UAAAACUUGGAUGCCUGAUAGUGCAAGCAAAGCAAACAGUGCACACCACCUCCUUUUCUUUCUUUUUAUUUUUGGCUUUUAUCAACCCUAUUAACUCGUUUCUAUUCCCUCUCUGUCUGCAAAAGAUUUGUGCUUUUCAUCUCUCUCUCUCUCUCUCUCUCUCUCUCUCUCUCUCUCUCUUCUCUUGCUUUUUUACCCUCUCUCUCCUCACCACCCCCUCUAUAAGCUCACUCCUAAGCCUGCUUCACUAGCAAACUCUCUCUCUCGCGCUCUGUGCUAAACUGGGUCAUCCUCAGCCUAGGAAGCUGUUUGUGCUCAGAAGUCACAAAUGAUGCUCGUAAUAAACUUUAGAUGGUUGGUGAAGUGUGAGCGCUGAUCCCCACUGCUCUGCUUGGUUUUGGGAAGCGGGAAGAAGAUAUUUGUUAGGAGUGAGAGAGAGAGAGGGCUUGGUUGUGUCCCACCUGUUUAGCACUAGUUAAUUUGACUAAUUAUCUUCUUCUUCUUCUUCUUCUUCUUCCCACGCGCAUGCCCUUCCCAUGUUGACCUUCUGUGUUCUGAAACGAUGAACUAGGGUUUUGUUUUUGUUUAGUCCUUUUAAAGUGCAAGAUUUUCUAGAAGUCUUGCGAGAAAGCAGAACCCUUUUUGGGCUUAAUCAUUGUUAAAACCUCUUCCGUCUUUCUUCUCCUGUGUUUUGCUUGCUUGCCCCUUUUUGUCUCCAGACAAACGAACCGAGACCCCAUUAAUAAAAAAGCCAUAAUUAUAGCAUAGGCUCACGCUAGCUAGAGAGAGAGAUAUAGAGAGAGAGAACUUAUGGAGCUUCCAAGUCAAGAUGGGGAUAUCCCAAUCCCCAUAAACAGCAGCUUUGGUGGGGGUCAUGGAGGCCACUUGAUUCAUCAACCACAACAGCACGACCCUUCUUCUGCAAUCCCAUCACACAACAACCACAUCAACCUCCCUCGCAUACCCACCAAUGCCCCUCCUCCUCCACAACCACCGCCACCGCCACCGCCACCUCCUCUGGAGGAGCCUCAGCCUCAGCCUCAGCACCAGCAGCAUGUGAUGCCCUACAAGAAGGUGGUGGUCAAGUACAAAGAGUGCCUCAAGAACCAUGCAGCCUCCAUGGGAGGGACUGCCAUGGACGGGUGCGGCGAGUUCAUGCCCAGCGGAGAGGAAGGCACCAUCGAAGCCCUCACCUGCUCAGCCUGCAACUGCCACAGGAACUUCCACAGGAAAGAAGUUGAGGGUGGUGGUGGUGAUGAUCAUGACCCUCAAUGGUACAACCAGACCGCACCGCACAACCUGAUGAGCAAGCCUGGGAGGAAAUUUAUCAUGGGCCAUCAGAUCCACCCCAAGAAUGUCAAUGUGCUGGGGGGUCAUGAGCCUCCUCCUCCUCCUCAUCAUCAUCAUGGGUUAGUCUACCCUACAGCUGCAGGCACUCUCAUCUCCUCAAGAACACCUCCACCACUCCACCACCAGAUGAUCAUCCCUUACAGCAUUGGAGCCCACUCCCACUCGGGCCCCUCCGAGUCCGAUGAGCACGAGGGCGGCGGCGGGGCAGCAGCAAUUCGGGCGCCCCACCACCAGGCGGUAAAGAAGAGGUUCAGGACAAAGUUCACACAGGAGCAGAAGGAGAAGAUGUUCAACUUUGCGGAGAAGGUGGGUUGGAAGAUCCAGAAGCAGGAGGAGUCCGUGGUUCAGCAGUUCUGUCAAGAGGUUGGAGUGAAGAGGAGAGUGCUCAAGGUGUGGAUGCACAACAACAAGCACAACCUUGCCAAGAAGAACCCCUCCAACAAUAACACGCCCAGUUCAUUAAAUUAAAUUAGUCAGAACUAUAUGGAUUUGCAUAUACAUAUGUGGGUUUAUGAUAAUGUUCAGUUUGGUGUUACCUUUAUGUUUUGAAGUGAGCCAGAUUUCUUUGUGUCAGCUAAGAGUCAGAAAUGAUCAGCAUUACUGUUUUUCCAUUUUAGAGAGAGUUUGUCUUAAUCAAUCCCCCAGGAUCUGAAGAUAUAUUUGUGUAGCUUUACUAAUUAUAUUGUCAUUGUCCUGCCUUAAUCAUAAGAUGUGGAGUUUUUUUGCUUA